UCUAUUUUUAAUAAGCUGUUUAAAAUAAGGGCUGUACCUCUUUCUCAUACAAGAUGCAUGAUGCACAGUGAGUGCUGAAUAAGGAAAUGGUCAUUCUGAAUUAAUAGUAUGCAAUUAACAACUGCCUCCUAAUCCACAUGUAGCGUAUGGGGAAACUGAGAAGCACAGACAAGGAACCAAUUUCAGCCUCACAGAGUUAGGCCUUUGCGUGUGACAAUAAUUAGGCUUUUCUUGGCUUUUGAGUGCUUGACUGUGCUUUGCAUGAAGUAUUUAUAUAAUUCAGAUAUUGUGUGCUGCACUAAGCAUGAGUUAGUGUUUUGCUUGACAAAGAUGGACUUGUACACCUUUUUUUGUAUACAGUUAAGCACAUCCAUAAGUGCUUUACUGAAUUGGCGCCUAAGUGUCCAGUGGUAGGGCAUUGCACUGGAAGCCCAGGAGAUGAUUUUCUGCUUCAUUUUUCCCAUCUGCCAAAUAGGGAUUGAGAUGCUCUCCCCACUUUAUAAAUUACUUCCACACCCAUGGAUGAAAAUGAUAUAUAACAAUACUUUGCUCUUUCCAUAUAGCACUACGUCUUAUUGUUAGUAUUACAUGAAUAAUGAUCGGUUUGUUGGUAAUUUCUUUAAUGUUCAUAAUUGUUGUGUAUUGACUGCUCAAAAUAUUUAGGAACCGUAACAAAAUUGUCAGUUAUACCCAUGCUCUUGAUAUUUGUAAUAUAUAGUUGACUUAAGUAGGAUUUUAGUCUCUUGAAUUUCCAUUUUUCUUUAUACAAAAAAGUUAACAUCCUUCUCCCAGUUUGUCCCUAGUGUCGUGACGCUCACAAAUUUCAUUUCCAUCAUCGGAAAAACAAAACAAAAGCAAGCAUUUUGUUUUCCUUAGCAAAAAAAUGUAAUGGGCCAAAUUUAGAGUGACUGAAAAAGGUAUAAUUGAGUUGAAGUCUCUGAAAUUACUCUGUCUUUCAGUAGGAAUAAAUAUGCCCCAGGAUUACCAUGUGACUGACUCAUUCUGUUGUGGGUUUAUCACUUUUAUAUCCAGGUUCUUUUAUGGUAUCUCAAUGAUACGUCAAUGAUAUUAUAAAUACUGUUUUUCCCCAAAAGAAAUCAUGGUGAACUAGCCUUCAAAUCAUCAAGUAAUAUCAGUGUAUUGUAUAAUGGUUACACUGCAAACAUAAUUUUGCAGCUUACCUUUUUUAUAGCAUAUGCAGGACUUAGAAAUGUCAGACCUGCUGCUCCUCUUUAAAAUUUGAACAUCAGAAAACCUGGAUUUUGGAUCUUUGUGACCUGUAGUUUGCCAGUGACGCUAUUGAUACACUGUCAGGCAAUGUGAGAAUCCGCUAUCCAGGUUUUACUCUGAUCUUGAAGCUUCUUACACUGAAACUAUUAAAGCAAUGAGCAGAACUUAAGAGAGGAUUUGCUGCUUGGUUUAUUAUUUAAUAGAAAAUGCCUUCAAAAAUAUAACUAGAAACCUUGGACCAAUUUUUCACAGGGUAUGUAAAAUUCAUGGGUUUCUUGACUUGUGUUCUGAUGUAAUGUCUGGACUUAUCUGAUUUCUGAUUGCCAUGGCUGCAGUUGACAGUUUCUACCUCUUGUACAGGGAGAUUGGUCGUUCCUGCAGUUGUUAUAUGGAGGCACUGGCUUUAGUUGGAGCCUGGUAUAUGGCCAGAAAAUGCCUCACUCUUGUGUGUGAUUCUUACAGCUUGAUCAGGUUGCAUUUCAUCCCCAAGCUGGUGAGCAGGGCUGAUUUCGUCAAGCAGUAUGGAAGAUGGGCUGUAGUCACUGGUAGCACAGCUGGCAUUGGAAAAGCCUAUGCAGAAGAACUGGCAAGCCGUGGCAUCAACAUUAUCUUAAUUAGCCGGAGCAAAGAGAAGCUGGAGGCCGUAGCUAAAGACAUAGCCAAAAUCUAUAAAGUUGAAACUGCUGUUAUAGUAGCAGAUUUCAGCAAAGGUCGUGAGAUUUACUCUUCCGUUAAGGAAGCCCUCAGAGACAAAGACAUUGGGAUUUUGGUGAAUAAUGUAGGAGUGUUUUAUACCUACCCGGAGUAUUUUACCAGGUUAUCUGAGGACAAACUAUGGGAAAUUGUCAAUGUAAAUAUUGCUGCUGCUAACAUGAUGGUGCAUAUAGUGCUGCCAGGGAUGGUACAGAGGAAAAGAGGUGCGAUUGUGAAUGUUUCUUCUGGAUCCUGCUGCAAACCCACGCCACAAAUGGCAGUGUAUUCAGCCUCCAAGGCCUACUUGGACCACUUCAGUAGAGCACUACAUUAUGAAUAUGCUUCAAAAGGAAUCUUUAUUCAGAGUUUAAUCCCCUUCUUCAUCUCCACAAACAUGACACAAUUUGGUGAUCGCAUUCUGUCAAACAAGUUUUUUUUAAUGCCUUCAGCUAAAGUAUAUGUACAUCAUGCUGUUUCCACCCUUGGGAUAUCCAGAAGGACUACAGGAUACUGGAUCCAUUCUAUUCAGUUUCUGCUUGUACAGUACAUUCCAGAAUGGCUCUGGGUUUGGGGAAUGCAGAUGCUCAACAGUGCUCUACGUCGGGACGCCAUAUCUCACGGAAUAUAUUAGGAAUAUCAUCUAGGAAAUAGCCAAUGUGCUAAACUACUGCAGUAGCCUAAUUUGAGCAUUGCAAGAACUCUUUUUUAUUUAAAAAAAAAAAAAAUUUGCUAAUAUGUCUUCAUCACAAACAAUAUAUGUAUCAUAGUUACCAGAGAAGCCUGGAUCCUGCCCCUCUCUUGUACUACUGGGCCCAGAGCAAAAGCUGAGCAGGACAUAACUGAUUUUUGUCAAGUUUAGUUCAGAUAGUUAAACCUCUGAGUUUCUCAUGUAACUGAAUGAGAAUGGGCAGUGUGCUGAUUCUGCGUGGAAUUGACUGAUUAUGGAAAUCCUAAUAAUAUGAAUGGGAAUUUAGAUAGCCCGGUGUUUUGCAGGAUUGGGCACUGAAAGAGUUGAAGGGGAUCCCAAAUCAUGUGUUAUAAAGACAAUCUCUGAUUUUAAAUGAACUAAAUUUCUUUGCAAGGGACUAUCUUGUGUUGGUUUUCCAGUCUUGUCAUUGCAGGUGUUAUGUUGAAAAAUGUAUAAGGUUACUUUUCAAAACUGGGAAAAAGGUAGAAUGCAUUUAAGCCUUUUUAGUUAUUAACUCUUUUGUUUCUGUGUGUUCUGUAUUGCUAUGAUAGAGCAGCAGUAAAGUUCAAAUAAAAAUGUUUGCUUGCUUUUCUAUACCAAGUUUGAAAGAUUUUAAUCCAAUUUUCAAGUGGAUACUCCAUUAAUAAUCUGUGAUGUCUGAAGAAUUUAAUCAGAAACUUAAAAAACUGUUUUAAAAAGUCCAUGAUUUAAGGUGGAGUCUUUUGAGCUUAAUAUAUUUAGGUCAUCUUUCUUCUCUAAGUGAAAACCCUAUUUAAUUUUGUAACAUUUGCUUUUAUGUUGCUAGUACUGUAGCAAUUUUUACUACUUUCUGGCCACCUUGUACCAUAUACUAUGGUGUUAAUACUCACCAGAAAAUUUAGAUUU